AUGUCUGAUAGUGUAAAACUUACAAAGAAGCAAUUAAAAGCUCAACAAUUCAGAAAGACCAAAGAGGAGAAAGAAGCAGAGAGUUCAAAAAGAACUCUUGAAGAAGAAGCUGCUGCUAAUGCUCCAGAGCCAGUGAAAAAGAAGAGAAAGACCAGAAGAGGCCGUAAAGGGAAAGGCCGUAAUGGCAAAGGUGGUAAUAGAUUCAUUAUCUUUGUUGGUAGUUUACCAAAGGAUAUUACACAAACUGAAUUACAAGGACAUUUUAAGACAAGUUCGCCAGAUUCCAUUAGAGUACGUGGGGACAAAGGUAUAGCGUUCUUAGAGUUCGACGGUGAUAAAGAUGGUAAACAUAUUCAAAGUCGAAUGGAUACUGCAUUAUUACAAAACAAGACAGAAAUUAGAGGAAAAAGAAUCAAUGUGGAAUUAACCGUUGGUGGUGGUGGUAACUCUGAAAAUAGAUUGGCUAAAUUGAAGACUAAAAAUGAGAAAUUCGAACAAGAAUACAAUUCAAGAAUGGAGAAGAUGAUUAAAGACGGUGCUCAAAAGAAAAGAGCCGCCGCCGCUGCUGCUGCCAAUGACGGCUCUAACACAACAGCCGAUCACUCAGAAGGAAGUAAGCCAAGACCUGCAGUCGGUGGUAUGCAUCCAGAUAGAGCUAAAAUGUUUAGAUAA